AUGAAGUUUGCGGACGACACCACGGUGAUUGGUCUCAUCAGCAACAACAAUGAGACUGCUUAUAGGGAGGAGAUCGAGCACUUUGCCACAUGGUGCACUGAAAAUAACCAGCUCCUCAACACCACCAAAACGAAGGAGCUCAUCAUAGACUUCAGAAAGGAUUCAACAGGCACCCACGACACCAUCCACAUCAAUGGAAUAGCUGUUGAACGUGUCUCCAGUUUCAAGUUUCUGGGGACCCACAUCUCAGCGGACAUGUCCUGGUCAACCAACACCCCCUGCCUGGUCAAGAAGGCUCACCAGCGCCUCUUCUUCCUGAGAACACUGAGGAAUAAUCAGCUCCCCUCAACUAUCCUGGUGAACUUCUAUCGCUGUGCAAUAGAAAGCAUCCUAACCAACUGUGUAACAGUGUGGCACGGAAGCUCUUCUGUUGCAGAGUGCCUCUGGACCAGAACCAGCAGUAUAAAGGAGUGUAAUAAUAGUGCCUACAGCAUAAACGAUCACUAUGGUUACAACGUUGCAGUACAGACAUUCAUAUCAAAGCCCUCUCUGUUGUUAGACAUCAUGCUCUCUGUGGUAAUACAUAAGCUGCAGGUUUUUCUAUUUCUUUCUUAUUUUCUCUCUACUUUGCACAGCGAAGAUACUUUUGUGAAAACAAUCGGAAAAGAACCAGAUUUAACUCCAAUCUGCACCAACCAAACUUCAAAUAUCAUCAUCAUGAUAGCGUGUAAGAUCAGAACAGAGAGGAGCGGCGGAGAGGAGUGCCGUCUGCUGUACAGGGAUGGAGGCGACUUUGUUCAUCAGUGUGACUCCAGAUUCACCCUUAAAACAUGGAAUGACACUGUGUUUCUGCACCUGACCAAUUUAACACCAGCUGAUAGUGGGAUCUACACCUGUGAGUGUGCAAAAUCUCAUGGAACGUAUAUUGUUCAUCUCAAUGUCACAGUUAAAGACCCUCGCCAGGAGGAUAAUUCAGCAAAUGACACUUGCAGCCAAUUUGAAGAACUGAUCUCUCGUAUUGCUUUGACUUCUGCUGUUCUCUUAUUUUUAAUGAUUCCAUGUAUUUUUAGAUUCAGCCUUACAAGAUAUUGGUGA